GGUUCUUUCUUGAGAUCACAGCCUCUCGUUACAGCAAGCCAGUUUGUCUGCUGGGCGUUGAUGGCAUGGAGAGAGGCCCAUUUUGCUACUCUGCUCUGGUUUGCUUGGCUGAUUGACGUGACGACAGAAAAACAAAACAGCAAGUAUGCUGAAUAUAGAUCGACUGUAAAUAUGGCAAGAAGUCCGAUUUCUUAGGUACGUAAACUGGAUGAUGACAUCGCCGUCUUUCGUUGCUUCCAAAAGACGUCAGGUAAUUUCCAGCCUCUAUGUCCUUCCCGACACCUAGGCCCAUCGUCGUUAUCGCUUCAUCGCUCGCUUGCAGCUCCGCUCGCCGCAUGCGUCGCAGAUCGCCGGUGUGAGCUGUCGUUUCGCAGCCGAUUUGGUCCAUACUGUAGUUCUAAACUGCAGCACAGCACAGGGCAGAACCCCCGGAUCGUUCCAAACGAAGCGGUGCACGGUGCAUGCACCGCACACGACGACAUUGCGGAAGAGGUUGCGCCAAUGUGAUGUGACCCCACAACGCAUCCCAGAACGGGGUUCUACCAACAAGGGGCAAUCUCCACCUUGCGGCUCUCUCGACGUGCCUCCUCACGCUUCGCCCACCUUGUGUAUUCUCCAGCCACAACCAGGGGAGCAAUAGAGUUGUAGCCAGUAGUCGCUGAUUCGCUGGCUCUUAUUCAGUAUACUUAUCUGACUCACGCGGUCCGACUCGCUGUCAGGAUCUCCUUCUUCGGCCGUCUUUCGCCCUCAAGCCUAACAAGGCAGGCGCCGCCGCCGCGCCGCGCCGCGCCGCCGCGGGCGCGUCUCAUCAACACGUAGUAGCGGAUCGGGCUGGGGAAAACCCCGUUUGCGAGAUCUACGACGGUGUUUCGACUCAAAAGUCAAGCACCCUCACUUUUUGGAUCUCGUCGCACGUCGCGCGAGCGGAUCAGAUCGGACGGUGGAUGUUCAGUCUGAGCUAUGUGGGGACCAAACUGGAUGAACGGCGACGAUAUCGAGCUGCUGUAGUAGUUUGACGGUUCGGAGCAGUCGGACCGCGACAGAAGAUUACGUACGACUCAUCAUAUUGUCAGACAGAAGAUUAGUAGUGACUCGUGUACGUAGCGAAUUUCCCAGGCUAGAUUGAUGACAGACGGAUCUGCUUAUAUCGAGGCGUAACCUAGCAGCGGAGAUCUACAGGAAAAGCCUCGGCGUGUCAACGAAUUGUAACUGUAGCGCGCGACGAACCUGACAUUUCGCCGACUUGGGAUUUCAGUUUAAGGUUCUGGCAGGGCGAGUCUGCUGUGUUUCGCAUCUGAACAAAUUAGGGUUUCGCGCGCGCCACCACAUCCCCCCUCCUCCCCCUUGCGGUUUAACCUCCCCAGCUUGAAAACCCGCGCGUGCUGUGCGCACGGAUUCCCCUCAUCCAUCACUUCUGCGCCUGCCGCGCCUGCCGCGUUUGCCGCGCCUGCCGCAUUUGCCGCGUCUGCCGCGCCUGCCGCGCCUGCCGCGCCUGCCGCGUGUACGUGUCUCUGCGCGCUUGCGCGUCUGCCGGCGGUCUAUUCUCAUCGUAGCCGUCCCGCUCUUCGCCUGCCGUUCUCACUACAUCCCCGCCUCCGCCUCCGCCUCCGCCUCCCCCACGUUCUCCUCGUAUCUGCGCGCCUCUCCCCUUUUCCCCCGCAAACCCGCGGACGUCUAUGCCCCUCGGGUUCCCCACGCCGCCCUCCGCAGCAUCCAUGCAACCUCCGCAUCCCCCCUCCGCGGCCGCCCCCUCUCACCCCCUCCCGGUCCCGCAAGUCUCCCCGUACCCUGCGCAAGGACCCCCCUACCCCGCUCCUCCGUCCACUCCCCCUCCCCUCCCCUUUGACAUAGUCCCCACCGCGGAGGGGGAGGGGUUCGCGCGGAAGCGGUCAGGGGGAGGGGGAGGGGGGAUGGAUGGGGGAGCGGGAGUGGGAGGGGGAGGCGGAGCGGGAGGGGGGGAGGAAGUGCUUCUAGAUGCGGUGCUGUUAGUACCGUGUUCCAAUAGAGUGGGGUCAGGAUCGAGUGGGUUAAAUCAGGGCGUGUUCAGUCGCCGUGUGGUUGGUGUGGGUGUCGAUAGAAACACCAACGCAUACCACCACCAUCGGCAUCAGCAGAACGAGCAUAAUCAGCACCAUCAACAGCAGCAGCAGAGCCAGGGUCAUUGGCAUCAAAGCGCAGGUGUUUCUUCAGGUGCCACCCUCUUCCCAGGUGCUGUACCUCAGGAGCGGGCCACAGAAGGAGCAGCAGCAGCCGUGGCAGCAGCAGCAGCAGGAGGGGCAGGGAGAGGAGGAGCAGCCGCAGCAACAUCAGCAGCAGCAGCAACACCAGCAGCAGCAGCAACACCACCAGCAGCAGCAACACUAGCAGCAGCAGCAACACCAGCAGCAGCAGCAACACCAACGACAGCAGCAGGAGCGCCACUGCCAUCCCCUCGAUACGCAAUGGCCAGGAAGAAUAGCCGUGCCUCUGACAUCUCAUCACACCCGUCGGUUCUUGAGCUGACGUUUCGUGUGCUCUCACCAAAAGGCCUAGCAGUGGCAGCGUGCGUGUCAAGAGAAUGGCGGACAGCCGCCAGCAGCGAGUCCCUCUGGCUCCGCCACAGCAUCGCCCUCUGGCCCGCCCUCGCCAGCCCUGCUGUCGCCCGCCGUGUGUCCGACUCCUGUGGCUUCUACCUCUUCUACAGGAAGCGCUUCCUUCGCCCCGGCCGCGCCUCCCCACUCCCCUUUCAUCUUGACGACUUGACCUUCUUCUUCGACCUCUCCUUCCACGGCUCGCCCGUCUUCUCGCAAGCAUUCAAGUACGAAGGGGGGCGCGCCCUGGUCCCCUUCGCUCACCACACAUUCUCGGACCCCUGCGCCAUUUUCCCCUCUAUCGAGGCACUCGAUAAGGACUCGUUUCGGCGGUCUUUGGCAGUAAACUGGACGGUCUUGAGGAGGACGGAUGGGAGGGGGUCGUGUUUGGUGCGAGCGUGCCCGGAUCGAGUGGGGCAGGCGCUGCUGGUGCUGGAUCGAGAGAUGCUGCUGCCGCUGCCGACGCAGCAGCAGCAGCAGAGCCAGCGGAGGCAGCAGCAGCGGCAGCAGCGGCUGCACGGGUCAGGGGGGAGUGGGGGCCAGUCGGGUGCUAGUGGUGCUGCUGCUACUGCUGCUCCUACUGAUGCUGCUGCUGCUGCUGCUGCUGGUGGAGGGGGAGAGGGCUUGGUGCUGACGCUUGGCUUGGCCUGUGGGGAUGGGGCAGCAUCAGCAACAGGGAACGGUGGGAGUGCAGUGGAGCCUGCUGCUAGGGGAAACAAUGGCGCAGUGGCACACGCACGGCAAGGGCUGGACUCUUCUAGUAGAGAUCCUCAAGCUGGCGGAAGAACAGCAGGAGAGGGGGGAGCAGGAGCAGGAGCAGCAGCAGGGGCAGCAGCAGCAGCAGGGGCAGGGGCAGGGGCAGGGGCAGGGGCAGGGGCAGGGGCAGGGGCACAAGGGGGGACCGCACACGAGUCCCAGCAAAGAGUGGGGGGGCCAAAGGAGCAGGUGCAAGUACCGGCACUUAAGAUGGUGUUUAACACAGCCUUAGGGGGGCUGGUGGGGCAGGUAUUUUAUGGCAUGAUGAAAGUAUCUUUCACACUGCCGCUGCAAGAAAAGCUCAUACCUGCUGCCAGCAGCAGCAAUGCCAACGGCUGCAGCAGCAACAACACAAAUUUAAUGGGCGCUGCAGCUGCCGCCGCCGCUGCUGCUGCUGGGGUUGCUGCUGCGACUGCUGCGGCGGCAGCAGCAGCAGCAGGAGCAGGAGCAGGGGCUGGAGCAGGGGCAGCAGGUGCGGCAGCAGGAGUGGGGGCCAAUGUGGAGAUGACACCUGUCAACGUGCUGGCUCGCACGGGGGCCAUGGAGGUGAAUCUAACAGCUCUCAAGGACCGGCUGGGAGGGACGGUGCGGGUUGAUAUUGCAGGGAAGGAGUUUCUGCUGGUGCUGUCAGCACUGCAGUGGGAGUGAGGAAUGGAGAGGUGGAGAGCAACAAGGACUGAGGAGAGGAAAGGGGAGGCUAUUAAGGGCCUCUGAGGGGGACGGUGCGGGUUGAUAUUGCAGGGAAGGAGGUUUUGGUGGUGCGGUCGGCACGCAGUGGGAGUGAGACUCAGUGUGUGAGGGUGGGUGAGAGAGAGCGAGUGGGGAAGUGAGGGGGAGAGUGAGUGAGAGUGUCUCAAGGACCGGCUGGGUUGAUACCUGGGAAGGUAUCCCUACCUGGUCUACGGUAUGACAGGGAGAGGGGGAAAAAGGCGGUAGAGGUGGAACAGGACAAAGUGAAAGGUGAGAGAGUGAGUGCAUGCGUGUGUGGCAGGUGAGAGAGGGCAAGCUAGAGCGAGUGAGUAGCGGGCGAGUGCCGAUGAGGAGCAAGCCAGAGUGAGUGAAGGGCAAGCAAGCAUGCGUGAGUGGGGAUGGGAGGCUGGUUUCUUGGAUUGGCUUAGCACAGAUUGAUGGCGAUAGAGCAGAAAUACCGUAGCUGUCUGAUUUGUAAAUUGUAACUGCCACAGCUUUCUAAUAGCUAUACCGUAGAUUCUGAUGCAAUAUGGUGGGGAAUGAGCUGUGCAAUGUUCCGAUCACGCUGGCUGGUUCCUGUUCGUAAAUGUGCUACAUGUCAACUUAUACAUAUAUUGUUAUGUAGAAGUUAUA